UGACUCUACUAAAGAGAGCAACGGGCGUACGGUGGCUACUUGAACGAAAACGGGGGAAGCUUGCUCAAGAACCGGCUGGGCUGUCGUCGGGAACUCAACAUGUCACAAUACAAAUGCUGAGCGUGGGUCCGAAACAACCGCAUUUACCCCCUGAACGGCGAUAGUUGACGGCCACGCCCCGUAUCCACCGACCAGAGCCCGUACAAAACUGCUGGCGGAGGCGCAUCGGUGAGCGGUUUGAAACCCAGCAGGGCGGCUAGCGGGCUCACAGCGGAGAGGAAGCAGGAGUGUCGGCUGUUUGGGGGAACCAUGAGAGAGUACAAAGUAGUGGUUCUCGGGUCCGGAGGGGUCGGUAAAUCCGCAUUAACCGUCCAGUUCGUGACGGGAUCCUUCAUAGAGAAAUACGACCCCACGAUAGAGGAUUUCUACAGGAAGGAGAUCGAGGUGGACUCCUCUCCGUCCGUCCUGGAGAUCCUGGACACGGCGGGGACCGAGCAGUUCGCCUCCAUGCGAGACCUGUACAUCAAAAACGGGCAGGGUUUCAUCCUGGUCUACAGCCUGGUGAACCAGCAGAGCUUCCAGGAUAUCAAACCAAUGAGGGAUCAGAUCAUAAGGGUGAAAAGGUACGAGAGAGUGCCGAUGAUUCUGGUUGGAAACAAAGUGGACCUGGAGGGGGAGAGGGAGGUCUCGUCCGGUGAGGGGAAGGCACUGGCGGACGACUGGAACUGCCCGUUCAUGGAAACUUCAGCCAAAAAUAAAACCUCGGUGGACGAACUGUUUGCAGAGAUUGUCCGACAGAUGAACUAUGCCUCAACACCAAAUGGCGACGACCAGUGCUGUUCGUCUUGUGUCAUUCUUUAAGAAAAAAAAAGGACAACCAUAAAGUUUUAUUCUUUGCUCGGUUUUAAGUUUGCAAUGUGUGUUGCAGCAAGUGUGUACUGUUGAGCUCUUCUUCGUGUCUCACCCUGGCCUUGGAGGAAAAUACAGGGGAGGAAUGCUGCAGGGGGACGAGAGGAGGAGGAGGAGGAGGAGGAGGAGGGGAGCAACUGAGACUCAGAGGGAGGGGUCCACUCUUCAGGAAUUCUGCUGGGUUGGAGUAUCUGUGCUGCACGAUCAGUGUCCACCAUUGAUGUCAACACAGUGUCAGAUCCAGAGUUUCAGCAACACCCCCCUCACCAGUUCCAACUGUACUCACAACUGGAACUAAAACCCCAAUGGAAAAGAUACGGAGGGCAACACUUAGAGACACUCAUAAAUGGAUAUUUCUGUAUAAGAAGACAGAGAGAUAGAGUAUAUUUUGUUAAAUAAACUGCACAGUCUGGGGCGGGUAAAGAUUUGGGUGAUAUCUCUGCCUAACCCAGUUUUGGGGCAACGCUCCAAAACACUCCAAAUCCUAUUUUUUGUUCCCAAAGUCAAAAGAAAUUGACACCACUUAUCUGCUGGGGGAGCAAACGUGACGAGUGCCACUUUUUUUUCUUCGUCUCCUCUUCAGUGUGCGUGAGGACCUUAACUGAAGUGACAUGGGGACGGUGACCUGAUCGCCCUUGUGUCGAGUGCCUUUCCAAAACAAAUCAGCUGUUCCUAUUUAGUGCCAACCUACAUGUAUCACCAAAAGAACCCUUCAACGCGGCGAUCCACAAUUCAGUGAACUGUUCUUCUGGAUAAUCUCGUAGGGGUGGAGGCUGAAAAGAAACUACAAUAGGCUUUUUGUUAAUGGAAUGGCAGUUUUCUGUAUGUUUUACGUUGGCCUUUUUGAAGUCUAAGGUGUUCAUUUUGCAAUGUCUGCUUAGUCUGGCCAAACCUAUAUCUUGAAAUGCACAGGUACUGGAAUCUCCCUAGACGUGAUAACAACAACAACAACAACAAAUGCUUACCUUCCAGACCACUUAAAUCGAAAAAUUCUGUUUAUGUUUAUUUUGUUGUUUUUAACAGGAAAUGUGAUGAUGUACCGUUGACAAAUCUAACCUGAUUGUAAGUUUAAUUUCAGAUCAGCCCUUUAACAAUGGGCUGUCUGUUUUAAAAAAAAGACUUUUAAUACAAAUUGCAUUUUUAAAAAAAAGAAUCCAGGCUGGGUUUUCUCUUUGUUGA